CAAAAUUUAAACUGAAUGCAACGAGUACCACAAUAUGUCUAAAGACCUGUAGUUUAAGACUCUUUCCGUUAGUCCUUCAAAUAGACACCUGAUAAAGAGAACUCUUAUGCAUAAUUGCAAAAACGAAAACCUAUACAAGCUUAUCCUCAAUAUCAAUCCACUUAGACCCUCCAAAAACCAGAAAUGCGUCCUAAUUCUUCCCAACCUAGACAACCUUCAGUAUAGGCUGUACCAAGACCAUCCUCAGCAUCUAAUGAUAAAAGAGCAUUUUCUAAUCAGAAACAACCAUCUAGAUGUUCAUUUAAGGAAUUAAAGAACUCAACAUACAUUCAACCAUAAUAAGCUACACCUUAAUCAAGAUAUUAUUCAUUAAAAUAGGUUCCAGAUAAUAGUCUUAUUAAAUCAUAAUCUAAUUAACAGUUGGCAAACAAAUAAAUUGAUUAAUCAGAAUAUAAAAAAUUACACGAAAAAUUGUUAUUUUUAGAAAAUAAGAUCAAUAAAAUUAAGUCAAAUAUUGAAAUAAGCAAUUCAUAAUUAUAGAAAUAAUCAGAGAGAGCAAGACAAAAGCCAAUUGGUUUGGCAGCUAAAUUUUUUUAAAAAAAAGACUAAGAAAAUAAUGAACCAAAAGAAGCAAGCACUCCAAAAGAAUUAACAAAAUGUGCAACUGCACUUAAUCUAUAACUUAAUAAAGCUUUAAAGUAAAGUUAAAUUGCUAAAGAGAAAUAAUCAAGUAUUAAUCUUGAUCAGUUUGUUACAUAAGUUAAGCAAAUUAAAAAACCUAUUUAACCAUUAUAAUAAUAAUAAUCAUAAAUUAGUAGACAUCAAUCUCUAGAAAUUAGUUAAACAGCCAUUCCAAUCACAAAAACAAUUAUUAAUGAAAAAUCAUAUUCAUCAUAAAAACCAAAAAAAGAUGAAAAUGUAUUUAUUUAUUCUAAAAUUAGUUUCUUUAUUAUAUUUCAAGUGUAAUGAGAGCAUUAGUUUAAGAAUAAAGUAACAAAAAUGAUGAAGUCAUCAGAGAUCACAUUGUACAAACUAUCUAAGUAAGUUUUUGUAUUUAUAAAUUAGGGUUUAGAAUAUGCUAGAAAUUUACAAUUAUAAUUUUAAGAGGACAAAGUUAUGAAUCUACCAAAAUCUACUCAUUUCAAAACUUUAGUUUUUGAUUUAGAUGAAACUCUUAUUCAUUGUAAUGAAAGUGUAUCUGUUCCUGGAGAUGUUGUAUUACCUAUCACUUUCCCCACAGGAGAAACUAUCUAAGCAUCUAUCAAUAUCAGACCAUUUGCUUAAUAAAUUCUUUAAACAUUAUCUCGACAUUUUGAAAUCAUUGUAUUUACAGCUUCUCAUUCAUGCUAUGCUAAUAUAGUAUUAGAUUACUUAGACCCAAAAAAACAAUGGAUCAGCCAUCGUUUAUUUCGGGAUCAUUGUUUAUAGACUGAAGAAGGAGCUUAUGUUAAAGAUUUAAGGUAUUUUAAUUAAAUACUUUAGAGUGUUAGGCAAUAGAAAAUUAUCUAAUAUUCUUUUGAUUGAUAAUGCUAGUUACUCAUUUGGGUAAUAAAUAGAUAAUGGAGUACCAAUUAUAGCAUUCUAUGAUAAUAAAUAAGAUUAAGUAAUCAAUUUGUUCAAAAUUAGGAAUUAUUAUAUUUAUAAAAUUAUUUAAUGAAAUUUAGAAUGGUUACUGAUGUUAGAGAACUGAAUUCAUAAUUAUUGAAGAUGAACUCUUAUACAAAUUAUUAAGAUCCUUUAAAUUUGGUCUAAGACUUAUUCCCUGAUUAUUUACCAAAAUGA